GGAAUACGCAAUGUGACCUUGCUGAUUGACGAGUAAAUACCUAAGGUACCCACGUUCAAGCUUGCCAGGUACCCUGGCUUUCGGACACCAGAAUAAGUUACACUGUAAUUUCACGAGCCCCAAAGUUCGGCGUAGGUAAGGUACGUACAAGGGUGACCAGUUUCAAGGCACCCCAAACUUUGUUUAUAAGGUACUUGGGUAGUUUAAGCUUGCAAGUCAAAUCACCAUGCGUCGGUAACCAGACACCAGAACUUCCUCGAGUUACAUUUCCCAUUCCCACACUGCCACCGACUUACUCUACCCAUAUCUUUAUUCUCGGUCUGUCAUGGCCGACUUCACCUGGUGUAUGAUUUAUCUGGGGAUUUACCUGGGGAUCAUAGACACUAUUGAACAAGGAUAUUCCUUCGUAGAUUUUCUGCUGACUGGCUUAUAUACGUUGUACUGUAGCUCCUUUUGUACGACUCGAGGCAUUAGUGGCGCUAUUAGGGCCGCCUCGUCUGUCACACAGCAAGUACACUUCGUAGGCUCUCAAGAGCAGGUUCUUGAUCGCCUCAUGCAAGGGCGUCCUCAUCAACAAGCACCUCCGACCUCUCCAAGCCUUCAAGCGUCCAACCGCCUCCCCUCCCUCGGUCGAUGUGUUCUAGAGCCGUACCGUGGGUGCACCUGCACUUUCUGUUCCAUUGUCAGUACCGGCCGAAGAGUAAAGCCACAGCCUCAGAUUCGCUCUCCAAAGCCCAUAUCAAAGACCUGUCUCACUCUUUCUUCUCUUCCCGCCACACUCGCAGCGUCCCCUCUACGAGACGGUCUCAGCGAUACCUGGGCCUGCUGGGAUAAGUGAUUGGCUCGCAAACACGGAGCUAUUUCCGGGGUAUAGCUGCUUAUCUCCCCUCCCCUCUAUGAGAAGCUUCGCCUGGGGCAUGGUG